UCGCUCGCUUAGUCUUUGAACGCCGUCGCCUGGAAAGUGUUAAUUUAUUUUCUUUGCAGUUUUUAGUUUUUAUGAUGCGUUAGUCGAGUCUGUCACAUUAGUUGAGCAGCAGCAGCAGCAGCAGCAGCAACCGCAGCACCACCUUCGUCAUGGCCAACAACAGCAGCAGCAACAGCAGCAGCGUCGCAAGCCGACCUCGUCACAUUUUGCAAUUGAGUACGGAAGAGAAGCGUCGCUUUGUCGACUCCUUUGAUCGCGUUUUCACGGACAUCGAUGGCGUCAUCUUCACUCUGCAGCACAACGUGCCCCAUGCCCCCGAUGGCUUUGCCGCCCUCCAAAAGGCCGGCAAACCCAUCACAUAUGUGACCAACAACAGUGCACGUGCCGUCGAGUCCACAGUGCGCAGUUUCGCCCAGGUGGGCAUGGAGGUGCAGAAGGAGCAAAUCUGGCAUCCAGCGCAGUCGAUUGUCCACUACCUGCGCAGCAUCAAUUUCGAUGGACUUAUCUACAUCAUAGCGUCGCCAAAGUUCAAGCAGGUGCUCCACGAUGCCGGCUUCCAGAUGAUCGAUGGCCCUAAUCAUCUUAUCGAGGACACCUACUCGGAUCUGGCGAAGCAUAUUUUCGACAAAUCGCCAGUGCGUGCUGUGGUCAUCGAUGUGGACUUCAAUUUGACCUCGACGAAACUGCUGCGCGCGCAUCUUUAUCUGCGGCAUCCGGAUUGCCUGCUGUUGACCGGCGCCACGGAUCGUCUGCUGCCUGUGGCCAAGGACAUCAACAUCAUUGGACCAGGUCCCUUUGCCUCGAUUCUAGUCGAGGCCAGUGGCAAGGAGCCGACGAUGCUGGGCAAACCUGGACGUCCUUUGGGCGAUAUGCUCAUUGAGCAUCACAAGGUGAGCGAUCCGAAGCGUGUGCUCAUGAUCGGUGAUAUGUUGGCGCAGGAUGUGAAAUUUGGUCGUAUGUGCGGAUUCCAAACGUUGCUCGUCCUCACCGGAGGCUGUACGCUGGAGCAACUCGAGGCGGAGACUUCACCCGAUUUGGUGCCCGAUUAUUAUGCGGAUAGUGCGGCCGAUUUGGCGAAACUAUUCGAGACACUUGCGCCCAAGGCGCAUGUCUAGCUAGAUACUGUAAGAUUGAUAGUUUAUUCACCGACAAGGAUCGCAGAACGAAGAGUUUGACGAGCUAGCAAAUACUCUACAAUAGGUAUAGGAAAAGAUCGUUCUGAUUUACUGAUUACUGCACUCCUUGGCUCUUUUGUAUAUAACAUUGUAAUGUUCCAUAAGAUUAUGCUUGUUAUUUUUGCCCAUAAAAUAACCAAUAUAUCGUGUAACCCCCUAUUUAUUAGAGAAGAGAGAGAGAGAGAGAAUUUGUAAUAAAUCUAAUACAUCAUACUGAGUUGAGAA